AUGUGCACAAAUUGUAAUGAUAUUGCGCUAUCAUUCAAUAAUCCAGCAGCAUUUCCACCAAAUUGCGAAGGAAAAUUUGUUGAAGCUAAUGUUUGUCAAGUAGUUUUUCGUAUGAAUUAUUUAACAAAAGAAAUUCAUCUGAAUUUUACCGGUGGAGAUGAUCAGAUUGGGAAUUACCAUCUAGAUCUAUCAGUUCAAAAUAAAUUUGAUGAACCAACGAUUAUGAAUGCCAACAUCACAUAUAUUUGUAAGACCGUCGCUGACUGUGCAAAAGUAUUCUAUAAGUCAACUAUACAAACACUAAUUCAAAAUGAACCGAUAAUAAACAAAAUACGAGCUGAACUAUUCGAUCCAAUGGUAACCAAUGUACAACAGUGUUCGAAUAAUCAAGAUCAACCCAUAACAUGUCAAAAUGGCUAUGGAUGUCAUGGAUAUGAAAUUAUCGAAAAUGGCAAGGCUGACUUUGAAGGAGAAUGUAGAAAUGCCAGUACGGUGACAAUAUUUCCUCGUCUAUAUUUUAGCAUUACACUUGUACAAGGUGAUCCACCUCUUUCAUCAGACUGGAAUCAUCUUGGUUUUACUUGCAAUAAACAAAAUUUGUGUAAUAGUCGACAACAAAUCAAGAAAAUGGUGGCACUAGCAAAUGAUUUCUAUCCAUGGGAACUUAUUGGUGUGAAUUCAAGCACAACAAGUUUUAUGACUUAUAAUUACCUCCUUGUUUUUCUCCUGAUGCUAACCAUUUACAUUUUUUCUGAUUAA